CACGCAUCAUACGCCCAUCUGGGAGCAGUUAGAGCCACAGCAGCUUCCGUAUAGCACGCGCGCGUAACUUCGUCUCUGAAGUCUUCACCAGGACCAGAGAGUGGCUGGAGCAAUGACACGGUGAAUGCGUCAGGACAAGCAAGAAAGAAGCUGAAUGAACAUUUUUGGAUGCCUACAGACUAUGGGAGGAAAGGAAAGCAACGGGACAGUCUGACUCCAGGAUCGAAAUUGGCAGCUCCUUCCGCGGAAAGAGAAAAGUACCAUGUGGCUCUUCCUGUGAGGACAAGGUUCCUCCUUAUCUAGUCUCUUCCUAUUCGGAUAAAUAUCGGCAGCUUUCUGUUUUCCUCGAGCAUUAUGCGUUAAUAGUUAAUUAAUGGAAAAUUCGUGAGGAAAGUUGCAUGACUAUUCCUGGCUCCACUACAUCAUGCGUUUCGUGUGUGGUUUCCUUCAUCUGACAGAAACACGUCAAGAAUAGGCCGUGCCAACAAGGGAUACCAAUAUUUAUUACAAGAAAAAACUUUAGGGCUUCUUCAUGUAAGAAGGAUAAUCUGACGGAGACAUUUGGAGAUACAGGACCAUUCCCACACAGCAGAUGUACUGAUACUUAUGUAAAAGGCAGUACACCAUGUAUCAGGGUAUCGCUAUGACGGCAAAUCAUGGACCACCUUCAUACGAAGGCUCGCCGAGCUUUGUCAACAACCCGGCGGCAUCCUCACCUGUUUACGUACCUACAAGCCGCGUUACAUCUAUGAUACCAGCGCUGCCUUAUCUGCAACCGCCUUCAACGUCUCAGCCGGGCUCUUCAGCCUCCAGUCACUCCAUGUGGGCUCAGGCCGGUGUAGAAGCGGGGGUCACUUAUAACCCGGGCUCCUCUUCGCACCCUUCUCACGUGUCCUCACGCUUCUCCUUCUCAGCCAGUCCUCCUAUAACAGCUUCAGGCUCCUCCGUAAGAGAAACCUCAGCCUACACUGUUCGGGAACAGUACGGUGGUAGGAGCUUCGGCAGCACCUACCAUAACCCGUACCAGGCUUAUGUUGGAUCCGACAUGGGAGCGUCGUGGCCUCCAGCUGCCUUCGACAACCCAGUGCUGCACAGCCUGCAGAGCCGGGGGGUGCCCGGGACGGUUAGGCACCCGAAUAUAGAGCUGUUUGAUGACUUCGCCGAGGGUCGAGAGUGCGUCAACUGUGGAGCAAUGUCAACUCCACUGUGGAGGCGUGAUGGAACUGGACAUUACCUCUGUAAUGCCUGUGGUCUAUACCACAAGAUGAAUGGCAUUAACCGACCAAUCAUAAAACCCCAGCGUCGCCUGAGUGCCUCACGCAGAGUGGGAUUGUCUUGCAGCAACUGCCACACAAGCACUACUACACUGUGGCGACGAAAUGCAGAAGGGGAGCCGGUCUGUAAUGCUUGUGGGCUCUACAUGAAACUCCAUGGGGUCCCCAGGCCGCUAGCCAUGAAGAAAGAAGGAAUACAAACUCGCAAGCGGAAACCAAAGAACCUUAGUAAACCCAAACAAUUAGGAUGUGUUGGCCCUCCAGACAGUCUAACUCCUAAUAGUCCAGCAAACCUCAGCACAGAAGAGCUCCGGCCAAUCAAAACUGAGCCUGGAAUCAUAACUCCGUGCACACACCACAGCACUCUCUCUCAGAUGUCUUCUUUGCCCGGACACCUAACCAUUCACAGUAGUCCUCUGGGUCUGAAGCUUUCACCUGACCGACAUGAAGGGUCUGCUAUGUGCAAAUCUGAACCUUGGAGUAGCCUGAUCCUGGCAUAAAGAAGAAAGGUCAAAUGUCAGUGGACAAUGUCAUUAAAAAAAGCAUUAAGAAUUAUAAGCACAAAAAGAGGAACUAAAUAACUGUGAAAAACAAGAGAGUGGAACAUGACUACUGUCUUACAGAAUCAUCUCACAGUAUUUAGGUGCCCCCCCCCCCCCCCCCCCCCCCCCCCCCCCGAUGUCUCAUUGCUUUUUCUUAACCUUGACAAUGUGUUUUUUUAUUUGUCCUUUGAUUGCGUAUUUUUGCAGACUUGUCCAAAACUGUGCUUGCUAAAUAAUGUUUACGCCAUUAUGGUUUUUGUUUGUGCCAAAUAAUGGCUAACUCUAAUAAUACACUUCUUCUUUCAUUGCCAUUACUGGAAUAUCUACGCAUCAUUAAAUUGUGAAUAUUACACCUCUGCAGCGAAGGAGAGUGAAUUAUACUGAUCUCAUCAACUCUUUCUCGAGGGGCACUGAACAAACUACUUUGAAUAAUUUAGGGAAAAGAAAGGUCUAGCAAUGUGAGAUGUUUGUUUCACUAAUGUCCUGCACUAGUUCCAAAUCUGAACUCUUUGAUUGAGUUUCCAAAUUUCUGAACAUUAUUUUUGGCUUGCAUAAUUCAUGAGAAUGGAUCCUGCACCUGGACAUGUUGGCCUACCUCCACCUCAUUUGUUGGUCUGCAUACUAGUUUGCAGCCAAUAAGCCUUCUGCCUUGAACAUCUAAAUAGAGUGGACUGAACUGAAGCAGAAAAGGGAAUGGAAAGUGCAAAUCCAACUCUAUUUUAAAGGAUUAAUCAUUCUUUCACCACAGCACAAUGGUAGGAUCCCAAACUGUGGGAGUUGAGCCUCUACGGUCAAGGGAAGAAGGAAUAUCGCAGCCAAGCUAAUGUAAACUAACACACUAACUCCAGCAUAAGCUUGUGCUGAUACUCCAUACAUAAAGCCCAGCAGUUUUUAUUUGUCCUCAUUAUAUGUGACCGACCAUUUUUUCCUUGUUUACCUCUCUGCUAACUCACUGUCCAUUUCUAAUUGUUAAAGAUGUUACACUGUUAAUUCACUCCUUGUCCAUUCAUUUUAUUUUUUUCCAGUAUGUAAUGUGAAAUAAACCUUUCUUGUAUUAA